UGUCCACACGUAGUCGUAUCUAUACCGCCAAUCUAGAAUGCCGCCGCACUGCGUUAUCGAGGACGUUACUGACAAAUGGGACCCCGAGGAGGGCGACAAGCUCUUCGGAAACAUGUUGAUCCAGCACGAGGGUGACGCUCAGAAGUUUCUUACGUCGGUCCUUGACUUUCUGAAGCGCAAGAGCAACUUCUUCAAGGGCGCGGACCCGAAGAAGCGCGUUCUAGAAGCAUUCACGCACGUCGCAGGCGAUUCGGCGAGCAGCGGUGGGAUCAAGGGAGGCUUCCUGGCGGGAGAGAAGGCUGCUGAGCCCAAGGCAGCCGCGCCUGCGCCGGCGCCAGCAAGUGCUAGCAAGCCAGCGGACGCGCCGACACCGGCUGCAGCGCCCGCCGCGCCCGCCACCUCCACGCCCGUGCCCGCGGCAGCAUCGCCCACGCCCGCGGCUGAGGCAGCGGCGGACAAGGCGACUGCAUCUGGGUCGGCUGCUGCUGUGGAGCCCGCGGCGGCCAGCACCAGUGAGACCGUGUUGGAGGAGGAGCCCAAGGAGGAGAGCAAGGGCAUCAAGCCCAACUCGCAGCGCGGUGCGGACCUGGACACCUACAGCUGGGGUCAGACCCUGAGCGAGGUCACUGUCAACGUGCCGCUGCCCAAGGGCACCAAGGCGCGCAUGUGCGACGUGGCAAUCACCAAGACAAAGCUGCGUGUGGGCCUCAAGGGCCAGCCGCCCAUCCUUGAGGGCGAGUUGUCGGAGCCGGUGAAGGCGGACGACUGCAUGUGGAACAUCGCGGACGACGUCAUGGAGCUGACUCUGGCCAAGCUGGAAGGGAUGCACUGGUGGAGCGCUGUGGUGAAGGGCGAGCCCGCCAUCGACACGCAGAAGGUGGAGCCGGAGAACUCCAAACUGGGAGACCUGGACGCGGAGACGCGAAAGACCGUGGAGAAGAUGAUGUUCGACCAGCGCCAGAAGGCUCUGGGUCUGCCCACCAGCGACGAGCUGCAGAAGCAGGAGAUGCUCAAGAAGUUCAUGGCGGCGCACCCCGAGAUGGACUUUUCCGGGGCCAAGAUCAUGUAGGAGGGAGGCAGGAAGCCGGAGGCAGGGAGCUGGGGGAAAGGGAAGAUGAGGGACAGGGACAAGGGGGUAGAAGUUGGAGAGGGAGAAGGGAGUACGGAGUUGAAGGGAUAGGGAGCGGAGAUAAGGGGGAGAGCGGCGCUGAGGGCAAUAGCGUGUGGAGGAGUGGAAGGUGGCGGCAGGCAUAUUGGAGUUGGAGGUGCAGGCGGCUACGUUGGGUUGAGGACCAGUUUGCGAGGAGCAGAGAGGCAAGCUGGGCUGACGGUUGAUGCCGGGCCUGAGUGCAGGUCUGCGGGCCGAGGGAGUGGCUGCACCGACGGGGCUGGACGGGGAGGCCGGAGGAUGCGCUGUGGGGAAAGGCAGCUUGCGCGCGAGGAGGUGGACGUGGACGUGCAACCUCGGAUUGCUGUAGUAGGAAAGCGCGCGCAACGCGGCUGCUGGGAAAUUUGUGGCCUUAGCCUCAGGAGGGGUGCAAAUGCAAGGGUACAACUAAGUGUGUCGUAAGUGAGACUGAGGGAUUUAGGCGACGCCGAGAUCGGCUCCAUGUCGGGCAAAAAAUAGUAUAAUGGGGGUUCUAGGACAGCUCCGACUAACCCCCAACUAACUCGUGUACGGCACCCCAACCCCCCUCAGCCGUACAGGAGGCAGCGUGGCAGUCGGCAGUUGCGCGAGUGUAAGCAGGUAGUUGUACGGCGGCCCGGCUCGGAAGCUACCUGUCUGUAGUGACGCACACGGGCAGUUGGCGCUAGUCGGCAGGCGCGCGAGUGGGAGCUGGCAGUUGGGCGCACACGCGUGUGGGUUCUGAGCACGGUGGAACACGGUGGAGGCUGGCGGUUGGCGCGGCGCGUGAGUGGGAGUGCAUAGUCGUGCGCGCGCCGUCCGGAGGGGUGGCAUGGGGUACCGAUCCUACCGAUCCUCUGGUCACCUCAGGAUAGACCGACUUGCUAUCCUAUGUGCCCGCAGCUGGGCCCCGCACCCUCGUCAACCCGAGAGCGGCAACAAAUGAACGAUUCAAACCUGGAUCCAUG